GGAAAGCCGACAGCUUUCUUGCGGCGAUAGCUCAACAGAUGAAGAAGUGAUAACCGUUGGGGGUACAUAUAUCUUACUGACUUGUUCUCUGGGCCUAUCUUUGUUUUUUACGCCCUUUUUAAUCACCAAAUCCUCUUGUCUUUGGGCUACACAUACCCACACACGUACUACACCGGAAUCGCGUUCAAAUGCAUCGAGCUGCCUUCCUGCUGCGCCGCCUUCCUGUUCAAUCCACGCUCUCCUCGGCCAGGCAAACGUUCAGUAGUCCCUCGGCCAGGGCAUUUUCAUCAAAACAAGAUUGGGCGCGUGAGGACAUACAGAAAAUAUACGAUCACCCGCUGCUCGAUCUCGUAUUUCGCGCAACUAACGUGCACCGUCAACAUCAUGAUCCAACCAAGAUCCAGCUCUGUACUCUGAUGAACAUCAAAACUGGCGGAUGCUCCGAGGAUUGUUCAUACUGUUCGCAGUCUUCUCGUUACUCAACGCCGACCAAGGCUUCGCCUCUUCUUGAAAUCGGGCCUGUGAUCGAAGCAGCGCGGAGGGCGAAGGAGAACGGCAGCACCAGAUUUUGCAUGGGAGCUGCUUGGAGAGAUCUCGCCGGCCGGAAAAGGGGAUUCGAAAGAAUCUUGCAGAUGGUCCGGGAGGUGCGAUCGAUGGGAAUGGAAGUCUGUACGACCCUUGGAAUGCUGUCUCCACAACAAGCUGCCCAGCUGAAGGAAGCAGGAUUGACUGCUUACAACCACAAUCUUGACACUUCUCGAGAAUUUUACCCGCAGGUUAUCACUUCUAGGUCAUACGAUGAACGUCUUGAUACCAUCACCGCUGUUAGAGACGCAGGUAUCAGUGUAUGCUCUGGUGGCAUCCUUGGUCUUGGAGAAUCAGAUGAAGACAGAGUGGGUCUGAUUUGGGAAGUUGCAAAUAUGCCUGAGCACCCUGAAUCUUUCCCCGUCAAUGCUCUAGUACCUAUACCAGGAACUCCUCUAGAGGGCAAUGAUGUUGUACCUUAUCAUACCCUAUUACGAACCAUAGCCACAGCUCGCAUCGUCCUCCCCGACACCAUCAUCAGACUCGCCGCCGGGAGGAAUACCCUAGCCGAAUCGGAGCAAGCAAUGUGUUUCAUGGCUGGAGCUAACGCCAUCUUCACUGGGGAUCAGAUGUUAACGACGCCUUGUGCACCAUGGGAUGAGGACAAGGCCAUGAUGGGACGAUGGGGCCUCGAAGGUAUGGGAAGUUUUCAGCAAGCUCGCGUAGCUAGCAAAGAAAAUGUUAUUCCCCAAGGCAUGGUGCUGGAAUAGAGAUGUGACGGGAUUGUUCGGCCAUCCCCCUGGCAGCGAGAGAAUGUCUACUUUAUUAUGCUCGCGUCCACUCCCAGAUACCACCUCAAUUUAACCACAAAAUACAAACAUUACCUUGCGAUAGGCAUACGUCGACUUAUUCAGAUGUGCACGUUCUGCUGCUCUGUCAUCUUAUUUGGUAGUAUGACGACUUUCCACUGAUUAUAGAUGCAGUUAGGAACUUUGUCGUCAUACCCCUACAAUGGCAUACUAGAUUUCUUAG